AUGGCGGAUACGCACCAAUUCAGUACACUGGGAUUUAUUGGCCUCGGGGCCAUGGGAAAACCCAUGGUUGUGCACCUAGCGAAUAAAUUACCACCAGAAUCAAAAUUAUACGUCUUUGACGUCUUUGAGAAAGUUGUGGACGAUUUAGUGGCAGAGUACCCUGGUAGAAUCUACAAAGGAACCAGUGCAAAAGAUGUUGCACAACGAUCGGAAACUAUCAUUACUAUGGUUCCCGAAGGCGCCCAUGUUCGAUCGGUAUACCUCGAUCCUCAAAACGGCGUGUGUUCCACAGAUAUCUCCGGCAAACUUCUAAUCGACUGCUCGACGAUAGAUACAGCUACAAGUUUAGCUGUGAAGGAUCAUAUUAAUCAGAAUUUCCCUACAGCAUCUUUCUACGACUCACCGGUCAGUGGCGGAGUAGUGGGGGCAAUAAAGGGUACAAUCGCGUUCUUCCUCGGAUGUGCAGAGUCGGAUCCGAACCUAAAGCACUUAACAUAUCUUGCGACUCUGAUGGGAAAACAAAUAAUCCCCUGUGGUGGGCCUUCAUUGGGCCUUGCUGCGAAGCUUUCCAACAACUAUCUGUCAGGCGUUAUUGCUAUCGCAUGUUCAGAAGCCUUCGAUAUGGGCAUGCGAUCAGGACUUGACCCCCGGGUCCUGUACAAAGUUUAUGGAGCUGGUACGGCGCAAAACGCAAUAUGCGACAAGUUCUGCCCGGUUCCAGACGUUUACCCUGAAGCGCCAUCCACCGGAGGCUACAAGCAAGGGUUCAAAGUCGAGUUGAUGAAGAAGGAUUUUGGAUUAGCAGUCGAUAUGGCAAAGCGCGUUGGUUCGAAGAAUGUUUUGGGUGAUGUAGGGCUGGAAACAUAUGAGAACGCCAGCAAGGAUCCGCAGUGUCGCGGCCUCGAUUCGCGUGUAGUGUAUAGGUACCUUGGGGGCAACGAGGAUUGGCAACUCAAGUCAAAUGGUGCAUGA